UUGGGUUCCUGCUUUAUGACCUGCUGUUUAUGUUCCAGACCAAAAAAAAGAAGGAAUAACGGGCGUGCCAAGAAGGGCCGUGGCCAUGUCCAGCCCAUUCGCUGCACCAAUUGUGCUCGUUGUGUCCCGAAAGACAAAGCAAUCAAGAAGUUUGUCAUCAGAAACAUCGUUGAGGCAGCUGCUGUCAGAGACAUUUCUGAGGCCAGUGUGUUUGACUCUUAUGUUCUGCCCAAGCUCUAUGUAAAGUUGCACUACUGUGUGAGCUGUGCCAUUCACAGCAAGGUAGUGAGGAACCGCUCCCGUGAGGCUAGGAAGGACCGUACUCCUCCACCAAGGUUCAGGCCCAGUGGUGGUGCGCCCAGAGCUCCUCCAAAAACCAUGUAGAGAGCUGAAGAUAAUGUACAUUUAUUAAAGAAAUAAAGCCUUGAUUGUGAGAAGAAA